GAGAAUAGAGAAAGAGGAGCUGCGCCAAUAGUCGACUUCGUCGAAGGCGGGUAGUGCUGUGCGUCGUGGUGCAAGAGUAAGGAGCGUUGUCGUUUGUCGAAUUGGUGCUGUACGAACACGGGUUCUGUUCUCAGACAGAGUUUCGUUCCCAAGAACAGAGGACUAAGUCCGGAGUUACCUGUCUGCGCGCGCGCGUGCGCUUCUGUGUGCGUACUGUGGUGCGUACUGUAGUGCGUAUUGUGUGCGUACUGUGUGCCGAGCGACGCUUCUGUGCGUGUAAACGCGUACAUGCGUCUCUGUCUUCUUGUAGUGGAGGACAAACAAAAGCAAACCAAGUGCGCUGGAAAUGUCACUGCUGAUGCAGCCUUGAUGCAAUUAAAACUAUAAUUGAGUGCAGCUAGCUCCGUUUCCUUUUGUCCUUUUUACGUUCACUUUAAUAUAAGCUCCUGCGCGCGCGCGUACUUCGGAGUAUUUGUCGUGGCGUGAGAUUGAGAGAGACAGCAACAGCGAGAAAAAGAACGAGUGAGAGAGAGAGAGAGAGAGAGAGAGAGAGAGAGAGAGUAGAAGCAAGAGUAGCAGUAGCAAGCAGCAGCAAUUCGAGACAACUCUUGGCAAACCAACAAUGUCGCAGCCAACGAGUAGCGCACUCCGAGCGCUUGCUCUUGAAUAUAAAAGUCUUCAGGAAGAACCCGUCGAGGGCUUCCGCGUUAAGCUCGUCAACGAGGACAACAUGUUUGAGUGGGAAGUCGCGAUAUUUGGCCCACCUGAUACGCUCUACCAGGGUGGUUAUUUUAAGGCACACAUGAAGUUCCCGCCUGACUAUCCGUACAGUCCACCGAGCAUACGCUUUAUGACUAAAGUCUGGCAUCCAAACGUGUAUGAGAAUGGAGAUCUCUGCAUAUCCAUUCUACAUCCGCCCGUGGACGAUCCGCAAAGCGGCGAGUUGCCCUGCGAGAGGUGGAAUCCAACGCAGAACGUCAGAACGAUUCUGCUGUCGGUGAUUUCGCUUCUGAACGAGCCUAACACUUAUAGUCCGGCCAAUGUGGACGCAUCUGUGAUGUAUAGGCGCUGGCGUGACUCCAAAGGUCGAGACAAGGAAUAUGAGAAUAUUAUCAGAAAGCAGGCCCAGGCAGCGAAGGUGGAGGCAGAGAAGGAGGGUAUUGUUGUGCCGGUAACUUUGGAGGACUAUUGCAUUAAAACGCGAGCGAGGCCUGCCGAGCAGCAGUUCGAUAUGACAGAUUUCUGUGAUGACGAGUACGAGCUCGAUGAUGACGAUGACGAUGACGAGCCUCUGAGUGCAAGUGACUAUGAAGACGGUGAUGACAGCGGUAACGGGGAGUCGUGAUCCAUUUCUUGAGUAAUGCGACAAUCAAGACGAUUCGAGAAGGACGCGAAACACAAACAAAACAACCAGCAGUGCUGCUUUCUGCAUCCAUACCUUUCUGUACAUGAAUAUAGGUUUUCAUCGAUUGUUGAGCUUCUUAAUCGGACCGUGCCCGAAUUCCGCUUUACCACUGUGAACCCGUAUCUCCCAUCUCCUAUCUAAGUCUGUAUCUACUUUCCGUAUCUGUAUUUUCACUCUUAAGUUUCCCGUAAACUAUUGAAAAGUUAAAAAAAAAAAUGAAAAAAAAAUAUGUGAAAACAUUUUGUCCGACUUGAAGCUUAUUAAUAUAUGAAAACGAAAUGCGUCUCAGUGAUGCAUAUAUGGAUAUAGUUGGAUAAGAACUACUUUCAAUUAUUUGUCGAAUUGUGCAUACAUGUGUAUGCUAAUGUACAUGCAAAGUUUGAAGGUUGGAAAAACAGCGCGAAGAGAAGAUGAGUUCGGCGCUAUAAAUAUUCAUUUGAAAUCUAGGAAAUAAAUUUAUGAUUUGAUUAUCUUUCGUUUAAGAGAACAAAAUAAAGAGAUAAGAUAUUCCAUUUUUCUGUGCUUAUUUGUGCUCUUAGAAAGUCAAAAAACAAGAACGGGCUCGGUCAUAGUGAACGAGUUCCUAGUGGAAAUAAAUAAAAAUAAACGAAAAAAAUAACGAGCUUCUUUACUGACGAGUAAUAAAAUAAUACACAACACUGCAAAACAUCAAGGAAAUUUUUGGUAUUUUGUGAUAUGGCUAAACAAAAGCUGAGAGAUAGAAGUAGAGAGAAAGAUCGUUGACAUUAUGUUGUCUUGCGUUCGAACUUAUGAAUACGUACAAGUCUUCUUUAUAAAAGUUUAAGAAUUAGCUCGAGUGUUACUUUAGAUAAAUUAUCUAUCAUACUCUGCUAUGUUUAUUACUUUACUACGGUAUAUCGAAUGUUUUUUGUUCUUUCAAACUGACCCUAUUCUUCCACCUGUUCAAUAUCCGUCAAUUUUUGUUUCUUUUUUUAUAUCCCAAUCCUUAUUUCAAUAAUCCUCUUUUUAUCGUUCACAAUUAAUAUUUACUGUAUUACAUCUAUUUUAUAGUGGUAUCGAAUAUAUCUAUGUAUCCCGAUAUCAUCUGUGCAUUACGUUGCGCUUACGACAAUGUUAGUUUAGCUCGUAAUUUUGCAAAAGAUCUCUUAAUAUCGAGUAUCGUCUUUCGCGAAAAUAAGCCUUUUCGCAUAAUUGACGAAAUAGGAUUUAACAAAGACGUUGAUCGAUGAAUUAUUUAGUAUGAUUUGUAUGACUUAAUUGUAAAUAUAUCGUGCGUUAAUGAAUUACUUCAUGUUUAUAAAUAAAUUCUCCUAUAUUAAAC